AUGGGUAAAGAGGCCAUGGGACAAGUUGAGGUAUGGGAGAAGUCGACGCUGAGGGCUGAGCAAAGCAACAAUGGCGAGGCUUCUCUUUGUGGGAAACAGCGGAGAAGGGUAGGUGCGGCGGGGGGACUCGACGAUCGGUGCGGCCGAACAUUUGAGAUAUGCCUCGGCGUGACUGGAACCAGUUCUCACAUAUCUAGAAAAGGUGACUGGAACAGUUGA